UAAUUUUUAGCCUGGUCCACCGAUCUCUGACCCCAAGUCGUUCUUUAUUUCCAAAUCUUGGAAUUGACUUUUGGCAACCCAUUGCGGACAACUAGUAUAUACCAGCGGGAGUGCGCCCAUUCAUAAUAUCUCUUUUGGACCAACCUUCAGCCUCGAAAACCCGUGCCGCCAAACAUUUUAUAUAGCAGAUCCAGCCAAGAAAUUGCCGCCUCCCUACUCUUGCACAUAGCAUAUAUACGUAAUAACAAGGCAUUCGGCGACUUUUUCGACGCAAUUAUGAAUAUGCAAUUCUGUACGCCAACGGGCUUCGGCUCACCAUAUGGCUUCCCUCAAGGACAGGGGCCGACUGUGACAUACGCGGACCCACAAUAUCAACUUCAUCCCAGUUACUCCGGCCUCCAGUAUAUGUACGGCUAUCAAACACACCGGCCACCGAUGAUGGCUGAUCGAGGUUUAUGCGAUGGCAAGACGGAAUCAAAACCUCGGUUAUCAAAGGAAGAAGUAGAGAAGCUUGAGAAGGUGUUCCAGGAAAACCCCAAACCCUCAAGCUCAGUGAAGGCUCAGUUAGCGGAUGGUCUUGGUCUGGAACGACCUAGGAUCAACAACUGGUUCCAGAACCGCCGUGCCAAGGCGAAGCAGGAGAGGAAGCAAGAGGAGUAUGAGGCUCGGAGAGCAGCUGAGAAGUCCGCUUCUGAGCCUUCGUCCCCGGAUGAGGAUUCUACCGGUCACCUUGAUACCCUAAGCGAAGGAUCCCAGAAACGUACACAACCUUCUUCGGCUGCUUUCCCCAACGUUUCUUCGCCUUCUCAAAUUACCAACACAGCACAUGAGGAUGAAAACGAUGAGUCAGAUGAUGAUGAUGAGAAUGAGAAUGAAGAGAACGAAAACGCUAACCAGGAAAUCAAAGAUGCGAAUUCUGUUUGCAUAAAUUCUACCGUCUCAACGACGCAGGCUGACUUCCCUGAGACUUAUCAGUCGCCUAUUUCGGUCGAGUUCCAACAGUCUGAUUCCGCGGGCUUUUCGCAACCUCAAGGUUAUCUCCAAGCCAGGUCUCUGAGCAGCGACUUUGGAAUGUUCACGUCACCACUAAGCCAUGGCCCUGCUGGCGAUCUGCAUGUAGAGCGAAGUAUGAGUAGUGACGGCCAUCGCUCUCAGCACUAUGCUAGCAUGCAUACCAUGGCCAUCUCAGAUCCCUCCACGAGGGCUAUGUACUUUUCUCCAGUGUCGAAUGGAGACUCAUGCGACAUGGCUGAGAAUCCGUUCGACGCUUCCACGUCUCCCGAAUGCCACAAUGACCAGACGUCUCAUGUCAUUGCCCAGGGCAUGCCUACACCCACAGAUUCAUUCAAGUCCCCGCCUCCACCCGCCAAUAUUGCCUCUAGACGAAACAUCCCGCGUCCGGCCACGCUCCAAGCCGCGUCUUUAAGGAGUCGCUCUUUCAAUAUCCCAAAGACGGCAUUGGAUGGGCCAAAGCGCAUGGAUAUUUCCAGCCCUGUUGCAUCAAUACGUCGGAUUUCCUCAGCUACAGGGAUGAGCGCUGGAAGAAUCCAGAAGUUUAGUGCCGGGCCGCGCUCACCAUUCUUUGGACGUGCCGAAGCCCUUCUCCAGUAUCACAAUCGUUCACCAGUCGGUUCGGGAACGCCUACUUUCCCAGGUGCAGCCCCCCCGACACCAAUGACGCCAGCCCUCUUUGACCAACACCACAACCGAGAACCCACUGUCAUUUCAACAUCAUCUGACGAUGGCUCUUUCGUGCUCGGCAUGGGUGUUACCCCUAAUUUUGCGCAAGAUGUCAAAGAGGAACACGAUCUUAAGACACCACCUACAACCCCUGGCAUGAUGGGCGACUUCAACACAAAUGGGUUCGUGGGUGCCACAUUUGGUUCCGCAUUUAACAUCACCACAGAUCAGCCGCUAUUAACUCCGUACUUCCAGUCGGAAUUUCCAGAACUUUCCUUGCAGACCGUUCCCGGCUACGUGGAGACAAGCGAUGCCAGUCCGUCCACGCCUGUGUACGCGAACAUGCUGGGUUCCGGCCUAGAACACCACCCAUUCACUGGAAAUGCAAUGGCCAAUACCCAAUACGACUGGGAUGCCAACGAAUCAGUGGUAUCAUCAAGGUCCUCUCCCGGAUACCCAAGGUCGAAGCAGAUACAGUUCACACCAAACAUGACCCCUCAAGACUAUCACUAGACGACAUUCAAAUCACUAAAAGACCUCUGUGCUCAUUCUCUUGGGGGCAGAACAGCACUCGCUGAUAUGCUAUACCUCUAUAUAUGGAUUACCAAAGCUCUUCAAGGCGGCGUGUACCAAUAGUCUCUAUUUCCGCAAGCAUUUUGGUUUCUUAGUUGGCAUAUAUUUUCCUCAUCUUCAACAGGCUACAGGAGUUGGGCAUAGACUUAAUAGGUCUGGAUUGGAAUACAACUACCCAAAAUCUCGGUCACAUCAAUAAGCUACACAAAUCUCUUGCGUGCUUUAUUUUUUCUUUUUCUUCUUUUUUUAUCAUUUGUAUCUCCAUUUUCUAUAAUGUAAUGACCACUGGGUUUUAAGGGUUGUGCGAACACAGGAAAGCCAUGAAGAGA